UUUGGCCCACCAUUCACCUAACUACCUUUAGCGCUUUGCUCCCGCUGGUACAUAUAUCGAGGAGCUCCAUAUCCGCGCGUGUUGUCUUUUCUUAUAUAUUUUUUAUCUUUAUCGCGAGUCCCUUGCGCCGUCGAUCAGAAGCGAUGGCGUCUGUUGAGAACCCGAGAAUCGACGCAGAGGAGUCGACGGAGGCAGCCGCGUUCAAAGUGUAUGGGGAGUAUUACUCGCCCCCGACUCAGAGAGUGCUCAUGGUACUCGAAGAGCUAGGAUUGGACUACGUCAUGGAGCCGGUUGAUCUGAUGAAAGGCGCUCAUAAAACGCCGGAGUUCGGCGAAAAGAACCCAUUUCACAUGGUCCCUGUGCUGGAGCAUGGUCAGGAUUUUGUUCUCUUUGAGUCGGGAGCGAUUGCUCGAUAUAUCCUGACCGUAGCUGGGGAGAGAGGCAAGACUUUGCUGGGCAUGACGACAAAGGAGGCGGCCAAAAUUGAUCAGUGGGUGAAUGUGGAGGCGUAUUCCUAUGGAUUAUCAUGUGCUGGUAUUUUCAAGGAGGUUUUUUUGAAUCCGAAAUACUACCACAAACCGACUGAUUCUGUUCGAUUGGAGGAGCACAAACGGAAGUUUGAACAGACGUUGGAUGUUUAUGAGAAGAUUCUUUCGAAGCAAGAGUAUCUGGUCGGCGACCGUUUCACAUAUGCCGAUCUCACCCACAUCCCCGUCACCUUCCUAGCCGUUGGAUGUGCACAUGCACCCAUGAUUAUGGGUCGUCCUCACGUAGCUGCGUGGUGGAAACGCAUCUCUGAACGGGAAUCGAUCAAGAAGGUCAUGGCUAUGUCGCCAUUUCAGUCUUUCGAGACAGAAUCCGACGAACCGUCGCAGCAGGAGUCCGGUGCUGACUCGUGAACAGGGGCGCCCUGUGUGAGCGAUACUGCUGUCCUCAUUUAUAGCUGCGGGGGGGAAAUGUGUCACGCAUUUACUGGCGUUGGUUUAGCAAUUUUGUUGUGUCGUGCGCGGUCACACAGGUGUCGCAAGUCGGAAACGACAAUGCCACAAUGCUCUGCCCUUUUCAAAAUUGCCCACUCUUGCUUUCACACAGCAAACAUUUUCGUUGGAGAACCGCAAUGAUGUUCUGGGAGUUCCCCGAUGCAAAGAAAGAAAUGGCAAGCACCUCUACACUGUUAGUUCCAACCCUGCGGCCAGCUUUUGAUUA